GCCCCCUGAACUUGGCCUGAAAAUACGGUCUACUUUCACCAAUCAUAAUCCCACCCAUCGUCAUCGUGCUGCAGUGCUACAGGUACCUGUGAGGUGAUGUGGGCUUUCUGACAAUGCUGACCACGAGGGAAGAGCCAAGUCUUGAAUCUCGGAGGGUUAACCUGCUUUACAGAGUGAUGCAGAAUGCGGUAAUUAAGGGUUCCAUGUUAGGUACCGGCACUAUAAUUGUGAUGAUCCGGUUGCUAUUGAUGCCAUGCACCAAUGUUGUACUAUGAAUGUUGACAUACCGAAAGUACUAAUUACCACAUGCAUCGAACUGCUUACUACCUUACAUGCAUAUUGAGCGAGGGCAUACAGUAAGCCUACAUGGCUGUUGUACGUCGUUUGCUUAGCAGGUAUCUUGGGGUGAUAAUCGGCCUUCGCCAACAAGUUCUAUCUUUGGUCGGUCGAUUC